AUGACAAUGACAUUCUUUGCAAAAUUAAAAAGCAUUGCCUCAUCUGAUGUAACGUCAGAAAUCCAGGAAGAAAACAUCGACAAAUGCAAAUUAGACCAGGUCUCCAAGUUCUGUGAUGGUGAUGAAGGUAUUGAUAUUCACAAGUCAUAUUGGUAAGUGAUCACGAAGAUGGUGCAUUACCUGGUGUCAUCAGUCACCUUCAGAAUAUUUGGAAUUAUGCUGAUCUUUCUGGACAUAUUUCUUAUGGCUAUAGAUCUACAUCUCUAUGACAGCAAUUUUCAUAUUCCUUUGGGAUAUCGCUCACUUUCUUUUGCUAUUGCUUUGUUCUUCCUCGUGGAUGUUCUCCUUCGAGUGUACGUAGAAGGGAGACAGAAUUAUUUUUCUGAUUUACUGAACACCCUAGAUGCCGUCGUGAUUGGUGUGACCCUGCUCAUUGCCCUCACUUAUAUACUUUAUGACAAGAAGUUUCUGAAAGAUAUCCCAAGAUUGGCAGUUUUAUUUCGACCUCUGCGACUUCUUAUUCUGAUAAGAAUUUUGCAGCUGGCGCAUCAGAAAAGACACCUUGAAAAGCUGACUAGGCAGCUGGUUUCCAAAAACAAAAGACGGUUCAAGAAGGACGGGUUCGACCUGGACCUCACUUACGUCACUGAUCGUAUUAUUGCCAUGUCCUUUCCAUCAUCUGGAGGACAGUCCUUCUACAGAAAUCCAAUUGACGAGGUUGUGCGGUUCCUUGACUCCAAGCAUCCAGACCACUAUCAAGUCUACAAUCUAUGCAGUGAGAGCGCUUAUGACCCUAAGAACUUCCACUACAGGGUCCGCAGAAUCAUGGUUGAUGAUCACAAUGUCCCCACUCUUGAGGAAAUGUUGUUGUUCUCCAAGGAAGUAAAUGAUUGGAUGGCUCAACAUCCUGAAAACGUUGUGGCGAUUCACUGUAUGGGAGGAAAAGGAAGAACGGGAACAAUGGUUUGUGCCUGCCUCCUUGCUGGCGAAAUAGUUUUAAAUGCCAAGGAAAGUCUUUACAUUUUUGGGGAGAGGAGAACAGAUAAAAGCAGCAGCUCUAAGUUCCAAGGAAUUGAGACCCCUUCUCAGAAUAGAUACGUUAAAUAUUUUGAAAAACUGAAAAUUAGCUACCAAAGCAAUCUCCCUCCAAGAAAACUACUUGUGAUAAAAAGAUUCAUUAUUUAUUCUAUUCAUGGUGUUGGAAAAGGUGAUGGAAGCGAUCUACAAGUUCAAAUCAUAAUGUGGCAGGAGACUAUAUUUUCCUGUUUUUCUUCCAAAAAUUGUAUGAUAUUUCAUGACGUUGAAACAGACAGAGUAAUAAUUGAUGUACUCAACUGUCCGGCUCUACAUGAUGAUGUGAAAGUGAAAUUUCUCUCUUCGAAUCUUCCUAAAUACUAUGAUGACUGCGCUUUUUUCUUUUGGUUUCAUACAGCUUUCAUACGAAAAAACAGGCUUUAUCUACCAAGAAAUGAAUUGGAUAAUCCCCAUAAACAAAAAACGUGGAAUAUUUACAGUCCAAAUUUUGCAGUACAGGUGUUUUUUGAAGAUAAAUAG